GCGACCCACUUACAUCAAGUAGGGCUGAUCUACCUUGGCUAAACCGGAUAAUAUGUUUAAUAUAAUACUAUAUAUGGUCCUAUAGAACAACAAUCGAAAAUAUGAAUAGAUUAUUGCCAGGAGUUUUCAUUUUCAGCGGUGCGAUCGUAUUACUCGGAUAUUUUGUUCAAAUGACAAGUCAGCCGAACCUAUACUAUUCUCAACGAUACUGUCGUUAAGUCACAACAAGCACGCAGACAGAUAAAACUAACAAAACUAUAAAACCAAAGCCGCACUAGCCGCACUAGAUAACUUAUAGAUCUAGAUCUAGAAAUCUAGGUCUCUAUACUAACUACUGUGACAACAUAACUAAAAGAUGAAUGAAUCAAGCAGAGAUAUAAUUUCUGAUCCUGUCCCGUUUGAUGAAGAAUGUGCAGAUAUUCCAGAAAACGAAGAUGUCGCUUUUAAAGCCAUCAGAUUCAAUGACUUUUCAGCUGUCGAGCGCCGCAUUCAUGAAGGUUUCAAUAUUAACAGUAGACACCAAGAGUGCCCUGGUGACAAAAUAUUCUCCAUCAAGGAUCAAACUAAAAUGAUGCCAACUCUGAGACUCAAAGAAUAUUCCAUACUGCAUGUGGCUGUCAUCCAUGGAUCCAUUGAGAUGAUCCAGCUACUAUUUACCCAUGGAGUAGAUGUUAAUGCUGUUGAUUUCAAUAAGUUUUCUCCCCUAGUCAUAGCAGUGGCUGUCAAGCGUUUGGAUGUCGUUAGGUUGUUAAUAAAUAAUGGAGCAGAUGUUGAUCUUCAAAGUACCAGUGGCAGAACACCCCUCAAAGUUGCAAUAGAAAAUAACCACCUCGCAAUUGUGCAAGAGUUAAUCAAGGCAGGUGCAGAUCUAGAUCUACCAGAUGGUCAGGGGACUACACCCUUGUUUAUGUGUUUGAAGUCUAAGAAUUAUGCGGAUAAAAAUAUAGUAGCUGCAUUAAUUAAAGGUGGCUGUAAUGUUAAUCUGACAAACAAACAAGGUGCAACUCCUUUGAUGAUGGCUGCGGCUAUGGGAGAAAUUGAAAUCGCCAAACUUUUUCUGGAAGCAGGCGCAAAUAUAAAUAAGUUGGAUGCUUCUGGAAAAAAUGCACUUCACAUGACCUCUGGUAUUAAGAUGGCACUUUUUCUCAUCAAUCAUGGAGCAACUAGCGAUUACCCAGACAAAAAUGGCCAACAUCCAAUACAUAACGCAGUCAAGGUGGGCCAUUACGGCAGAAUUAGGCUACUCCUGGGGUCAGAUUGUCACCGGACUUCCUCCCUCUUUGAUGUACCUGCGAUCCACGAGGCGAGGAAAAACUUCCCGCUGUUUGACCGGUGGCUACAGCAGGAGCUGGAGGAGCCCCGGGAGCUCAAACGUCUGUGUCGGCAGGUCAUCAGGCAGUGCCUGAGUCCCUUCAACACAACCAGGAUAGACGAGCUGCCCAUACCUCGCUUGUUGAAGGAUUAUUUACUGGCUAGACACAUUGAUCUUUCGUACGACACCGUCAGCAUGAACAAUGCUAGUUCAGCUCUUCAGAAGCUUGAGACUAACCAGGCUCUUGUUUAUAAAUAUUUGUGAGGGGGUGGGGGGAUCCUUUUUAAUUGUAAAGAAAUGAAAUAUCUGUAUUUAAACUUUCUGUUGUAAAGUUAGAUCAUUUGUCUAAUAGAGAAUUUGAACUUGACAAUCAGAGCAAGACUUAAUCUAAAUAGAUUAGUCGAAAGGCAAGAAGGGGGGGGGGGGCGUGGGGUGCUGUCCGCACCUGAUGACACCAUUUCGGGGUGUCAUUGAUUUUUUUAAAUCAUAAAAUUUACUGAAAAAACAAUGUUUUAUCCAGCAAGAAUAGUAAAAUAGUAGUAUGCAGAGGGUUGACACAAAACCAACAAUGCUAAAUUGUUGGAGGGGGUGGGUGUGACCCUCAGUUACCACAUCAGGUGACACCUGACAUCGUGACACCACUGAUUAAUAAUAUAUCUAAUGUGUUUACACUGUACAAUACUUAAUUUCAGAAGUACAUUAAGCUGAAAUAUAUGUGUAUAUGCAAUGCUAUCUACCUAAUCUAGUUUGGUAUUUGUAGUCCACAAGUGUAUUUAUUUUAACAAGCCACUAAUUAAUUAUGGUAAAGAACAUAUUUUUCAUGUGUUUUUUUUUUCUAUUUUCAUUUCUGUUACUGAAUUUUACUUUGCACAAAGUAAUGUUUGUUAAUGAUUUCAUGUUAUAUUAUAUGAUUGUAGCUUGUUUAGCUAAAAUUGCACUAUGAUAUUAUAAUCAUUACUUAUUAUGUAAGCUAUAGGCCAUCUAAGACUGUGAAAUAAACAACAUAUCAAAUGCUUUUAUUGAAUCUUUUUUCAUGACUUGUGAAGCAAGCUGUGAUAAAGAUAAAAUAUUAUUAGCUAUCUUUCAGCCACAAAUAGUAAGCGGAGGUGGUAGUUUUCAUAAGUGCCAUUAUUAUAACAUUUUCUGUGGUUUUAUUUUUUUAUACUCUGUUUAACAACUUUAAGCUGUACUAAUUAUACUGUGAUAAUUGUUUAUUGAUCACAAUAAAGAC